GCAUGGAUAGUGGACAAACAAAACAAAAUUCGGGAGUUCCGUAGAUUACCUCAGCAUCUACGGAUCAGCGAGGGCUUAAGGACCACAAUGACUUCCUGGUACAAGAGAUGUUUGAAGUUUUGACCAAUACUUCGUUGGGUGGCAGAUUGGCUAAAAAUAUAUAGUGAGCAAGCUGGAUUUGCUCAUCAUCGUAUUCCAUACUAGUAGGUAGCUUAAACUUCAAAAUGACCUGGAAUAAGGACCAUAAAUAAACACGAGUCCAAAUGCAUUCGAUAUGUCUGACGAAAGCACAACAAAGAACAAACCCAACACUGAAAUGAAAAAUAGGUCACCUUUAUUACCUUGUCAACAGAACUUAGGGAAAUGCUUUUUCAUUAGGCUUCUUUGGUGUUACCUCAGAGUCAGAUUCAUCGUCCGAAAUAAAAUGAUGAUUGAAGCAGGAGUGGAUAGUGCGCACACCUUUGGGUAGCCUUGGUUUCUUUGUUGGAGUCACAAAUUCGUCGGUCUCCUUCAAGAACAGUGAAGCUACGAUUAAUAAAUUAACUAGAAUGAAUUUGAAUGGCUAAAGCGCUAUUAGACAUACCACAAGCUUGGACGAAGAGCGAGUAAUCCUCCUAUUUUCCAUGUUGUGGCUCUAAACUUCUAAUCUGUACUCAAAAUUGCGGCCAAUAAGGAUAUGGAACCACUGCUCUUCCGCAGAAGAUUAAUUAUAUAUACUAGGUUAUUAGCAAUUGUGGCGGCAUAUUUUCCCGCGGAAAAAUAGUUAGGGUUUAGUCAAAGGUACAUGAACUUGGGAUAAACAUGGGUAGUUAUUAAUUCCCAAAAUAAAAAUAUAUUUUAUUUUUCGGUUGGAUAAAAAAAUGUGUGCUAGUAGUAAAUAUUCCCUCUUAUUAAUAUUUGAUCCUUCUCCAUACACGCAGUACACUUAUAGAGUCAGUUGGCGUUUGGCUUUACUAAGCAUUCCUUUUCAUUUUAAAUACUUUCUCCAGAUUCUGAAAAUGGUAAAGAAAUCACUAAGAUAAAGAAUAGAAAGUUUAAAUCGUUCCUAAAAAAAAAGAUAUCACAAAUCGUGUUAAAAUUCGGUUUAAUGGGGAUAAUUGUUAAGUGGAGAUAUUAACCACGACUUCGGCUAUUCUUUAUGGGCCCAUCUUUUGUGGCCCGUUCAAGCAUUAAUUAGGGAAACGUAACAAGUCCAGUAGAAUUAGAAGAAAAUGAUUCGGUCAUCAUUCCCAAUAGGGUUUGUAAUCUACAGCGUUUGUUCACCAAAAUAAGUCGCAGUGACAAUGGCGUCGGAGGCAGUCUCACCAUUGACGUCGGAAACAAUCCUACUAUUGACGUCGAAGCCAGUCCAAGAAAAUGAUGGGGUCGGAGCCAGUAACACCACCCAGGAAGAUAAUGUCGAUGAUCUCAUAUUUCUACAGCCUGGAGAUAUUAAAAAAAUGAAGUUCGAUGAUACAGAAGAAGCCUAUGAUUUCUACAUGGACUACGGGUUGGUCAAUGACUUUGACAUCAGAAAAUCAGACAUUGGUCGUGAUAAGAACUAGGUGAUGAUAUGGCGUGACUAUGUAUGCUCUGGUGAGGGAAAGAGGCGCAUGAAAAGCACAGAACAAAAGAGAGAAGCAAGAGGGGAGAUGACUCGCUAUGACACAACUCCUAACAAUGGCCAAGUGUAACCAAUGAAAGGGACUGCGGUAUAGUGGCUCAAGUAAUAAAUAUCGAAUCCAUGGGUCUCUAGAGUUACUAUUACUCAGCUUCAAUUCAUUAUCUAGCAAACCAGAUUAAGAUGGAACAACUAAAACUACUCUAACAAACUACAGUUAAAGUUAAUCUAAUUACAGGUUGGGAACUCACUUAGGUAUGUUUCCCCUAGCCACUAGCCAGAUUAAUGAUUGAUGAUUUCUAAGUUGUUUCACUUUCAUUCACAAUGCGGAGAAUCCUUGACUAGACCUUGAAUCUCGACUAAAUUAAAGGAUCAAGGCCCUCUUGAGUCGAUUGCCUAGAGGGACGUAUCCUUCUCUAGAACAACCGAUCAAGGCGUUCUGAGCUAGACUUCCUCUAUCGAAUGAGGUUCUCAAUCGAUACAAAGCAAUGAAUCAACCCUCCACUAAAGCAAUCGAUCCAAUACUAUCAAUCUAUGGUGCUCUAUUGACCUAAUCAGGUAUUCGCUCUCAUAGGAUCAAAGUAGAAUCAAUAAUCUCGACUAAAGCAGAAUUGAAUCAUGAAAACAUGCAUAGAUUGAUUAUGAACUCAAGAUUAUCAAGUAGGAGUACUCAUACAAUCAUCCAAUCAAACAAACAUAGCUAGGGUUCCUCAAAACCUAAGUGAAGGGAAGUUACUCCAUAGAGAAGAGAGAGACUGCAGUAAGAAUCUUCAGAUGAUCAAUCUUCAAGUCUGGGCUUGUUCCUCGAACUUCCAAGGUGAAGAAAUCCUCCAAUUCCACUCUUAGAAUGCCCUCAAAUCGCCCUCUCUCUCUUUGGUUCGUCCCUUGGGUGUUUGGGAUCCAAAAUCCAGCUCUCUCUUGCAAAAACGCACAAAACAGGCUUUUAACAGCCUGCGUUCGCGAUCCCCGGUCAGAAAACCCGGUCGGGUAUCAACAAAAUGCUCUGGAUCACUCUUCUGGGCAAAAGGGAAAAUACCCAGUCGGGUAUUUUUGGUUCACGACCGGGGGGCCUUCUGAUGCUGCCAAAAAUACCAUAUCAGAUGGUCAAAAUACCCGGUAGGGUAUUAUGGUCGGGUAUUUUGCAGUUCCGGGUCCCCUAUCUUUGAUUCUUCGUUUCUCCCUCGUUCGGACUCCAAAUCAGGUGCCGUUUGAUCCCAGACGCUUGUAGUCUUGUCCUCUUUCUUCUCAUGAAAAGAAUACAUGAUUAUAUGGUCA